CUUGACCCGACUCUCAUCCCCGUCAUGAAGGCAGAAGAAGGUUUCCAAAUCGAAGCGUACGUAGAAGGGAAUGCCUAUUCGACGGAUAGCGUGCUUCCAGACUUGCUCAAGAGACUGCUUCCUCCAGGUGUCUUGGAGGAAGUUGAGCCUGACCUCACCCGAGUAGGACAUGACGUUAUCAAUUCAAUUCGUGCAGUCGCGCAGCGUGCGUACCCCCCUCGGCUAGUUCAGUACGACCACUGGGGCAAACGCGUUGAUCGUCUUGAGACCUCCGAAGCAUGGCAGGAGCUCAAAUGUACCCUUUUUAAAGAGGGACUACCUGGGAUAUUCUACGAGCGGAAGUAUGGCGAAUAUAGUCGGGUCUACGGGUUUGCAAAGCUUUUCCUCAUGGACGCGGACACACAAGUGGUGGACUGCCCGAUGAGUAUGACAGAUGGAUGUGCAAGGGUGCUCGAGCUCCUCGGCACUCCAGAGAUGAAACAGGACGUAUUUCCGCGACUGAUCAGCCGCGACCCCAAGAUUGCCUUUACCUCUGGACAAUGGAUGACAGAGCGACCUGGCGGAUCUGAUGUCUCCAGGACUGAAACUCAUGCAAGCCCGGCCGCCACGAGCAAUGACGCGAACUGGCCCGCUUACAAGCUCAAUGGCUUCAAGUGGUUCUCCAGCGCGACGGACAGUAACGUCUCCGUCGCGCUUGCGCGCACGGGAACAGCUGCGUCAGGCUCGCGCGGACUCUCGCUCUUCCUCAUACCCUUGCGUCUCCCGCUCCUCCAUAACGUUUCCCCUCCGCCAUCACCAACGAGUAACGGCAUCCUUGUUCACCGCCUCAAGAACAAGAUCGGAACGCAUAUCGUGCCUACCGCUGAGCUCUCUUUAAACAACACGACCGGGUACCUCCUCGGUAACCUCAACGAGGGCGUCAAGGCGAUCCUGCCCGUGCUAUACAUUACACGCCUGCACAGCGCAAUCUCGGGCGUGAGCUACCUCCGCAAGUGCCUCGCCAUUGCGACCGCGUACUCGCGUGUGCGCGCAAUAAAGGGCGGCAAGGAGAUGCUAAGCGAGAACGCCGUGCAUGUUGCUCAUUUGGCCGAGAUUGCGGUUUUGUAUCGAGCGUUGACGCACCUUGUCUUCGGCACAAUCGUCCUCAUGGGACGUGGUGAAGCGGGCAUGGCAACCGAGGAAGAUAAGUACCUACUCAGAGUUCUGUCGGCCGUCACGAAGGCCUUUGUGUCCCAGAAGGCGUGUACGGCCAUGGAAGAGGCAAUGACGACUCUGGGAGGCCUUGGGUAUAUGGAGGAGGUCGGCAUUGGGCGGCUUAUUCGUGACGGUCUUGUGGAGAAGAUAUGGGAAGGUACAACUUCUGUCAUGGCAGUUGAUGUGAUGCGGUCUGCGAAAGAUUCUAAGGUUUUUGGUGCCUUUAAUUCGUGGAGCAGUAGGAUUAUUGGCACCUGCACAGGCGAGAUGCAAAGUCGAUUCAAAGAUGCAAUCGCCCUUCUCAGGACAGGACUACAAGAAGUCGAGGGCGCAUAUAGUGACACCAACGCCUCGCCAGUGCUACCUCGCCCAGCAUUGCUAUUGCUCGGGCACUGUGCGUCAGCGUUGUUCCUGCUCGAACAUGCAGUGUGGGCUUGGAAUACGAAGUCUGCUCCCGCACAUGAAGUUGAUGUAGAGGCGUUUACGCGCUGGGUGACUGAAGGCGGACUUGAAGCUGCCCUCAACGACGUGCGGAAGGCACGACAGGCAAGCAGUGAAAGAGCGAGGAGCAAUAGGAACAUUGUAUAUGGACCCAAGUUAUAACGUACAAACAACGCGUACUGUUACACAGACUGCAAGCAUGAGCCUAAGGCAUAGCUUGGCGCUUGGAUGAUCCAGCACCGAGUAUAUUGAGGUUUCAACUGAAGGUUAUGGUGAGUAUGGCACUAUGUGGCAUCCAAGCAUCCCCCGCCCUCCCCAUCCCUUCCGUGGAGUGAACUUCAGAGUAUUCGGUUCGCCAGAACGAAGUAUUUGCACUUCUAGUUCACGGUUUUCAUUUCGCGACACCAGAUCAGCAAGUGGUUCCAAGUCCGACGAAGGGAAGUGUGCAUGGCUAAGAUGUCCAAACUUGAUGAUGAGGUCUUCUCUUUGGAGACCUGCCUCAGCCGCUGGGCUGCCAGGCGCAACACCGUUCACUUUUGCGAAUGGCCUAAGCACAGGUGGACUAGCUGCCGCUGCGGCCGACCCAGGACUGCCAACGCCCUGAGGCAGGGCAGCGGCGCCUGCGCUCCUCGCAGGCGGCUCGUACACGACUUCGAGCGCGCUCGCGAUCUCGUUCAUGAGUGCCUUGAGAUCGUUCCUCAGCACGGCGACGCGAUGGCGCGCGUGGCGAAUCGCGUAGAUAUCGAGGUCUGGAUGAGGGAAGCCGUCCCGGUCGACGAGGGGCGACGUCAUGUCGCUGCCAUGUUCACGGAGGAUCUCGAAUUGCUCGGCGAUCUCGGUCUCGAGCUCAUCCUUGCGCGCAAUGAGCUGGCGCGCGUGUUCGCGCGGAGAGGUGGAGGGCAGCAUGAAUCCCAUUAGAGGUGCAUCGAACUUGAGUAGCAGAUUGGAGGUGCUUAGUGGUCAGAAAGGGUGUUACGCG